AUGGGAGACUCGAAAGAGAGUGGUUCUACACUGGUAGAUCUGGGAAAAGAGCUGACUUGUUCGUUUACCUGUCCGUCGUGUCGGGCCUCUGUUCGAGAUACAAGACACGAUGCAAAGGUGGCUACCCUGCUCGAACUCUUCCUCCAGUCGAACCCAGACCAGGCCAAGACGGCAGAGGAGAAGGAGGAAAUUGCUGCAGACUACACACAUGGGGACUCUGUGCUGCCUGAAGUUGAGCGGGCGGUGCGGUCUGCCAGUGACGAGGAGGACGAGCGGCUUCUAGCCGAGGUCAGAGACAUGAGUCUACGGGAUGUUCAGGGCACGAGCAGCGGACAUCGCCAUCGCAGCCCACUGGCUCCUCGUUCGAGGGGGAGGUCGGAGCGUAGCCCGGGAGCACAGGCGAGGGAACAACGGGUGGAAGAUGCCAGACGGAGACGGCGGGCGGAGAGACGAAUGAAUGCUUCACCGGCAAUGCGCGAUCCCCGAGAUAUGAGUCCAGACUCGAGAAGAGUCGAGCACCAGUCUAGCUUACGGUCACUUAUCGGGUCUACAGGUGAAUCUGGCAUCGAAGACGAGAUUCUCCGCCAGAUCGCAGAGGAAGGCCUGUUGGAUGGCAUCGACCUCCAUAGUCUCACCCCCACGCAGGAGGAUGAGUUGACAGAGCGUAUCGCGCAAGCCUUUAGACGACGGCAUCGGGUUCCUUCUCCAACGCGCAGCUCAAGGCAAAGUGAUAGAGAGCCAGCAUCCCAACGUCCGGUAUCACAGGACAGACAGCCACAAGAGCGGUCACCCAGUGCUUCAGCAUCUACACCUCGGACUAGAGAGCCUGCCAGACGGGCACCGCCGACCUCUCGUCCGCGUCUUUUAGAACCCAGUACUGCCAACCAUACUUCAAACCACCGCCGAAGCACCUCAGAUCAAGGCACCGGCACUCGAAGACGUCGGACAUCGCCAACUCCAUCCACUAAUUUUUCACUUUCUUCCGAGACAUUGGCGCAACCCACGGCUCACACGACUAGUGCAGCAGCGGGCAGUGGAACUGGUACUGGACGUGGCUCUGGAAGUGGUUCUGCGGCUACUGGAACGGGGCCGUCCCGCAGACGAGCCUCAAAUAGCUCGCUGCCGUCGCCUUCGCUACGCCAGCAGGCAAUUCCACCGCUUCAGGCCAGUCGUCAAAGACGUCCAUCGUCGCCUGGAGAGAGGCAACGUCGGCCCAGCCCUGCUUCUAUAAAUCCAAAUAGAGCAAAUACUACGUCUGAAAUGGCACUCUCUGCUACAAGCGAGAUCGCACCCCUCCGUACAUCAAACCGGUCUCAGACUUCACAGUCACAACCAACUACUCCAGCUGUUCCUACAGCCUCUACAAACACGCCAACCACUACCUCUCCUCCGCCAGCGCCCAUCAGGCGGGUGUCGAAUCCUGCUCCUUUACCGUCUAAUCAGCCUCCCAUUCAGAUGCCUCCGGAGCCAUCAAUAUUAUGUGAACGGUGCGGGAAGAGCGAUAUACAGUAUGAGCUACAUAAAGUCUGCAAGCAUUGCAAGUCAGGCAAUUACUGCCUUUGUGCGCGCUGUUACCGUCUAGGACGUGGGUGCUUACAUUGGUUUGGGUUCGGCCAGGCAGCGCAGUACUUUUUUGAAAGGAAGAUGGCAUCUUUAAACAAGCCCCUGGAAGAACAAGAGCCACCCCAUAAGCUCAGCUGGCGGAAGUACUUACGGCCAUCAGAGGAACGGCCAUCUCAGAGUUCACGGUCUGCCACAUCAAGCUACGUUCCGCUCUCCAAACGGGUACAGACGGGCAUGUUCUGUGAUAUGUGUGAGCGGUUCUCGGAUGAAUGUUUCUGGAAAUGUAGAGAGUGCAAUGAUGGGGAAUGGGGAUUCUGUAACAAAUGUGUUAACCAGGACAAAUGCUGCACACAUCCUCUGUUACCGAUAUCCCGUGCUAAGAUAAAAACAAAGCCCGAUGCACAAAUAUCUACACGAACGACAGCCUCGCCUCCUCCGCUAACGGAUACUGAAUAUAGACCCCUCACAUUCUCUACGCAGUGCAAUGUCUGCACAUAUCCCAUCCCCCCUUCGACAACACGAUUCCAUUGCAUCCAGUGUAACGAUGGAGAUUACGAUAUGUGCACGAACUGCUACCUGAAGCUAGGUGCAUCGGGGAAAAUCAGCAAAGAGAACGGCCGAAACGGCUGGCGGCGUUGUCUGCAGGGCCAUCGCAUGAUAAUAGUUGGUUUUGAGGACCAUCGAGUGGGACAGAUGAGAGUUAUCGUUCAGGGUCUUGUGGGCGGACACGCAUGGAAGGAUGAAUAUGUCCCAAACCCCUCAUCCGGCUCCAAAAGAGACAAUAGCAACAACGCGGCAGCAAGCCCCUCGAGCCCCGUCUCCGAUGCCAACGGGACAAAUCUACAGCUUAAUCGACAAGACUCCGGCCGAUGGAUGUGGACAGAACCCGCAGAGUCCAGUGAUGGCAGCUUCCGUCAAAGACGCAGACUUAACCGUGCCAGGCAGCAUCUAUCAUCAGCACCCGAUAGCCCGUCGGACAGCUCCUCUCCGUCCCCCUUUCCUACCACCCGCUUCCCGCCAUCAGGUGGUAUCGGCCUACGUCUUAUCGCUAAAUGGUCGCAUUACCCUGAACCAGGAGACACCGACGAGAUAAUGUUCCCUCGGGGAGCGGAGAUUACGGAAGCGGAGAAUAUCAACGACGAUUGGCUUUGGGGUUGUUAUGCUGGGCAGAAAGGAUUUUUGCCGGGCGGCUAUGUUCUUAUCAUCGAUGAAGUCGGGGCUGAUGGCGUCCGAUAA